AUGGAAGCUCACGGUGCCGGUCUCCGGCGAGUUAUGCUGUUGUCAUUCUGCGUCGCCGGGAUCUGGGCCGCCUACAUUUACCAAGGCGUUCUUCAGGAAACCCUGUCGACGAAGAAAUUUGGUGAAGAAGGGAAGAGAUUCGAGCAUCUUGCGUUUCUGAACUUGGCUCAGAAUGUAGUAUGCUUGGUUUGGUCUUAUAUAAUGAUUAAGCUCUGGUCCAAUGGAGGUAGUGGUGGAGCACCAUGGUGGACAUACUGGAGCGCUGGCAUUACUAAUACAAUUGGUCCUGCCAUGGGCAUUGAAGCUUUGAAGUAUAUCAGUUACCCAGCUCAGGUCCUUGCAAAAUCUUCCAAAAUGAUCCCAGUAAUGCUGAUGGGCUCGUUAGUGUAUGGGAUAAGAUACAGUUUGCCUGAGUAUCUUUGCACCUUCCUUGUUGCUGGAGGAGUGUCCAUGUUUGCUCUUCUUAAGACAAGCUCGAAGACCAUCAGCAAGCUAGCAAAUCCAAAUGCUCCUCUUGGUUACGGGCUCUGUUUCUUGAACCUUGCCUUUGACGGAUUCACAAACGCCACCCAAGAUUCCAUCACCGCAAGGUACCCAAAAACUAACGCGUGGGACAUAAUGCUGGGGAUGAAUCUAUGGGGAACCAUAUACAACAUUGUCUACAUGUUUGGAUUGCCGCAUGGGAGCGGAUUCGAAGCUGUGCAGUUCUGCAAGCAGCACCCUGAGGCAGCGUGGGACAUUCUUAUGUACUGUCUAUGCGGAGCAGUGGGCCAAAACUUCAUCUUCUUGACGAUAAGCAGAUUCGGGUCUCUAGCUAACACGACCAUAACCACAACACGGAAGUUUGUAAGCAUUGUGGUGUCGUCGGUUCUGAGCGGGAAUCCGUUAUCGCCCAAACAAUGGGGAUGUGUGUCGAUGGUGUUUGGUGGAUUGUCUUACCAAAUUUAUCUGAAAUGGAGGAAGCUGCAGAGAGUGCAGAAGAAGAAAAAGACUUGA